UGCUGUAGACAACAGACUCUCACCGGGAGGAUGUAGUUUAUGUUUCUCCACACUCGGUGGUGGACGGCGGAGAACUUACAGCUGCUAGUUUACUUUCACAGACACCCGUGUGUCGGGUCUCUGUCAGGUGGAGCCGCUGACAGACACGCCACGCGGCUUUAAGAUGUUGACAGACGUGAUUUUGGAGGAAGAGUUUGACAAGAGUGAAGAGGCUUGGUACGACCCGCAGGACCUUGAACACGAUCUCCACUUGGCAGCGGAGCUUGGGAAAACCCUCCUGGACAGGAACCAUGAGCUGGAGCAGGCCCUACAGCAGAUGUACUCCACCAACCAGGAGCAGCUGCAGGAGAUAGAGCACCUGACCAAGCAGGUGGACCUCCUGCGUCAGAUGAACGACCAGCACGCCAAAGUGUACGAGCAGCUAGACGUGGCUGCCAGGGAUCUGGAGCAAGGCAACCAGAGACUAGUGCAGGACAGCCGCCUGGCCCAGCAGAAGAUCCAAAGUCUGACAGAGACCAUUGAAGGGCUUCAGACCUACGUGGAGGACCUGCAGACUCAGGUGGAGGAGCUGAAGACAGCCCAGGCAGAGCGGAACAAAAGAGAGCUGGCAGAGCAGCGACGCAGCCUGGGAGCACAGAGUGUGUCCUGCCUCAAAGAGCUGUACGACUUACACAAUGACAGGCAUCUAGCCCACGAUGGUCUGCAUGUGGAUGGACUCUGGUCAACGCAGGGCUCCUUCUAUGACCGAGACAGACGCCAGGACCCAGAGGAGGAGAACGUGGCUCUACAGCUCUCAAUCCAGACCCUCAAGAGCCAGAUAGCUGUGGAGCGGAGCCGCAGGGAGGCUGCAGAGCGUGAGAGUGAGCUGACAUCUAAAGAGAACAGUGGCCUGGAGCAACGGCUGGCACUGCUGGCCGGCUGCCGAGCCAGGCAGAAGGAGCUGGAGGCCGAAGUGGAGCAGCUGCGGCUUCUGUGGCGUGCUGACUGUGCCAACAGUGUCAGACGGCCAGACCAGCUGUUGCUGCCUGAUACAGUAUUCUUUGGCUCAGACGAAACGCCGGGGCAGGAUGAGACGGAGGAGAAGGUAGAAAAGGAGGAGGAUCAGAGAAGAUACAGCCGGCAGAGGUGCAACAGUGACAGCAUUUUGAGAGCGACGAACCCGGACGAGAUUCGCCGUGGUCACGAGCAGCUGUGUAUAAGGCGAGCGGAGGCGGUGAAACAGAGGGGCAUCUCUCUGCUCAACGAGGUGGAUGCACAGUACAGCGCGCUGCAGGUGAAAUAUGACGAGCUGCUGCGGCGGUGCCAGCAGGCAGACGGGCCCAGCCAUAAAGCCGUCCAGACGUCCAACAUCCCCUUCGCGAACAGCCGAACCCGCCGCCGCCGGUCCUCAGCCACUCUGUCUGACCUGAUGGUGGUUCUGGAGGACGGCCAGCAGCAGCCCGAGUACAAGGCUCUCUUCAAGGAGAUCUUCACCUGCAUACAAAAGACCAAAGAGGACCUCAGGGACAACAGAUGUCCAGGCGAGGACAGCGAUGCCCAGGGAUGAUUGUGUGAUUUAUAACUCUGGGACUUGCACUCGUUUGUAGCUGUCAACGUUGGGGGUUUUUUCGACUAAGGAGAAACUUGGAGGUUGCUUUGCUAUUAAAAAAUAUCCAGAGGGUGCAGAUGCAAUAUCUUAGACAUGCUGCAGUCAUCUUAUCUCCUGUCAUUUUGGCACACCGAUGCUUUUGUUAGUCAGCACUGUUCCUUUUAUUCGUCCUUAUCAAAAAAAAUUACUUGUUACAAGUGCUUUCCAAAGUUCAACCACAAACACACAGAAAACUAUAGAUGGCAAAAAAAUAAUGAUAAGAAUUAUUACGUCGUAAGACCCUGACUAACAAAAAGCACAUUUCAGUGUGUCGUAUUACGUCCUCCAGCAGUAUUCAGUGUGUAUGUAAUGCUAACCCCGUGACCACUUGAUCAUUUGGUGCUUGGGAGAGAGACACACACACAGAAACAGUAUUGUAUGUGUGUUGGAGUUGUUGCUGUUCUGUAAAAAGAAAUGUUGUAAUAGGAUGAAAAAGUGUAGCUAUGUAUGUAACAACUAAAGACUCAGGAGUUGGUGAUAAUUAGCUUAAUGGCUAAUGUGAGUUGGUUUUUGUAAGUAGGCAGUAUUGAGGGUCAUUGGCGUGUCACCAGAUUAAUAUCAGUGGACACUGUAAAAGCUAGUCUGUGCUUUCUGUUUUCAUGUCUGCACAGCUUCUGACGAGUGUCUGUAUGCCAGUAGGACACGUAACAGCUCUGCACUUUUUAUGACUGAAUCAUAUUUUUGCCUUUUUAUUUAUUUUUUUUUUUGAAAGAGAAGAUUAAAUUAUAUUUAUUUUCUUUGUUGCUAAGUAUUCAGAGCAGAUUGGUCAGCUGACUGGAAAGUAAUUGUACACUGAGGUGCUUAUUUUGUGGUUGUAAAUAUUCUGUUCGACACGUGGUUGAAAAGAAAAUACAGAGGUAAAAUUGAAAAAACUACAGAAAUGUUCUCUUACUUAUAAACAAUUUCCUAUGCCUCAAAUUGCAGGAAUGUUUUCUCUGACUCGGACAUUUCCUGCUCUUAAUACUGAGCAGAAUUUGAUUUCAGGUCACCAUAAAAACGGAAAUACUCCAAAUACAGUUUAUUUGUACGUCUAAGUUCACUUUCCAGGUGAUGUGAUGCUCAUGAGAAACAAAGCUUAAUGGGUAAUGCUGAUGUUUGAACAUACAGUACAGUAUGGCAUUUAGCAAUAUGCUGUUUUGAAGCUGUGAAACUCUUGUGAUUAUU